AUGGCCAACUACAUUUUAUUCGAGACAGCUUCAGGCUAUGCCCUGUUUGAGCGUGUUCAAUCUGAGGAGAUCGGUGCCAAGUUGGAGCAAGUUCAGUCGACCGUUACCGAUCUCGCCAAGUUUGGCAAAAUGGUCAAGCUCAAGUCGUUUGCCCCUUUCAAGAGUGCAGCUGAUGCUUUGGAGAAUGCCAAUGACGUUUCUGAAGGCAUUGUCAACCCAUCCUUGAAGGCUUUCCUCGAAAUGAACCUUCCCAAGGCUGGUAAGAAGAACAAAAUCCAACUCGGUGUCUCUGAAAGAAACUUGGCUGGUGCUAUCAAGGGUGAACUUGGUGUCGAGUGCACCACCGAUGAGCUUGUCCAAGAAUUGAUCCGUGGUAUUCGUUUGUGGUCUGAGAAGCUCUUGUCACAACUCAAGGAAGGUGAUUUGGGCAAGGCUCAAUUGGGUCUUGGUCACAGCUACUCUCGUGCCAAGGUCAAGUUCAACGUCAACCGAUCCGACAAUAUGAUUAUUCAGGCCAUUGCAUUGCUUGAUCAAUUGGAUAAGGAUGUCAACACCUUUGCUAUGCGUGUCAAGGAAUGGUACUCGUGGCAUUUCCCCGAACUUGUCAAGAUUGUCACCGACAACUACAAAUACGCCAAACUCGCCAAGGCUAUCAAGAACAAGUCUGAAUUGGGUGAAGAGCAACUCGAGACACUUGCAGAGAUUUUGGAUGGUGAUGAGAGCACAGCCCAGCAAAUCUUGGAUGCAGCACGUGCUUCCAUGGGUACCGAUAUCUCACCUGUCGAUAUGAUCAACGUCAUGAACUUUGCCGAUCGUGUUAUCAGCCUUGCCGAAUACCGUAAACGCUUGCACGAAUACUUGAUCUCCAAGAUGAGCCACGUCGCUCCCAACCUUGCUGCCCUCAUUGGCGAAGUUGUCGGUGCUCGAUUAAUCUCUCAUGCUGGUUCCCUCACCAACCUCUCCAAAUACCCAGCAUCCACUCUUCAGAUCCUCGGUGCAGAAAAGGCUCUCUUCCGUGCUCUUAAGACAAAGGGUAACACUCCAAAGUAUGGUCUCAUCUACAACUCUUCAUUCAUUGGUCGUGCUGGUGCAAAGAACAAGGGUCGCAUCUCCCGAUAUCUCGCAAACAAGUGUACCAUUGCUUCCCGUAUCGAUUGCUUCACUGAUGCUCCCACCGACAAAUUUGGUCAAGCCUUGAAGGCUCAAGUUGAGGAACGUCUUGCUUUCUAUGACAAUGGUGCUACUCCCGAAAAGAACAUUGAUGUCAUGAAGAAGGUCAUUGAUUCUCUGGAUGGUGAGGAGACUGAGGAGGUUUCGGUUGAAACUACCAAGGCUGGUGUCAAGCGUAAGGCUGAUGAGGAGCCUGAAGUCGAGAAUGCUGACAAGAAGGCAAAGGCUGACAAGAAGGAGAAGAAGGAAAAGAAAGAGAAAAAGGAAAAGAAGGAGAAAAAGGAGAAGAAGGAAAAGAAGGAAAAGAAGAAAGACAAGAAGAACAAAGAUUAG